AUGGGAUCAGAGAAUUACACACACAUUUCAGAGUUUGUACUACUAGGAAUUUCAGAAGAUCCAAGAUUGCAGCCCCUCCUCUACGGGCUCUUCCUGUCCAUAUACCUGAUCACUGUGCUCGGGAAUCUGCUCAUCAUCCUGGCCACUGUCUCUGACCCCCGUCUGCACACACCCAUGUACUUCUUCCUCACUAACCUGUCCUUCGUGGACAUCUGCUUCACCUCCACCACCGUCCCCAAGAUGCUGGUAAACAUUCAGACCCACAGCCGGGCCAUCAGCUAUGCAGACUGCAUUGCCCAGAUGUAUUUUUUCAUUUUCUUUAUAGACUUGGACAUUUUUCUGCUGACAGUGAUGGCCUAUGACCGCUUCGUGGCUAUCUGUCACCCUCUGCACUACACAGUCAUCAUGAGCCCCCGGCUCUGUGUGUGGCUGGUUCUCAUCUUCUGGGUCAUAAAUGUCCUGUAUUCUAUGUUGCAGAGCCUCAUGGUGCUUCGACUUUCCUUCUGUACUCACAUAGAGAUUCCCCACUUUUUCUGUGAGCUGAACCAGGUGGUCCACAGUGCCUGUUCCGACACCUUCCUUAAUGAUGUGCUGAUGUACUUUGCCACUUUCCUACUGGUUUGCUGUCCCCUCUCUGGCAUCCUUUGUUCUUACUCUAAGAUUGUGGCCACCAUCUGUAAAAUCUCAUCGGCCCAGGGCAAGUACAAGGCCUUUUCCACCUGUGCAUCUCACCUCUCCGUGGUCUCCUUGUUUUAUGGCACACUCCUGGGUGUGUACCUCAGCUCUGCAGUGACCCAAAACCCAUACUCGACAGCCACAGCCUCGGUGAUGUACACGGUGGUCACCCCCAUGCUGAACCCCUUCAUCUACAGCCUGAGGAACCAAGACCUCAAGAAGGCGCUGAAAAGACUUUUUGAUAUGAAAUCUCUAAAGGACCAACUUCACUGA